AGAGAGACAGCGCUGUGCAGCAAAUCAGAAACUAAUUGAUUAAAGGGAGUUCAUUUGAAUAGGGCUUGGCGACGUGCCAAUCGCCUUUCAAAGAGCCCCUGUAUGAUUAAUCGCAAUGCAUUAUUGAUAAUCAUAAUUAUAGCAGGACACAUGCGCGGUGGAUGGGCUCGAUUUCCGUAAUUUUGAGAAGAUUUUUUAGUAAUUUUUUAUUCUAGCCCGGCUGAUGUGUGAGCCAGCAUGUCGCGGAGGAAACAGGCGAAGCCGCAACAUUUCCAGUCGGACCCCCAGCUGGCCUUGUCUGUGCAGAAUGGAGACCCCGAGCAAGUCUGCGAGAAUCCGCCGCCGCCGCCACCGCCACCACCGCCCAAGAAUGCCGCCCACGUCUGCAGCAGGUGCUGCGCCGAGUUCUUUGAGCUUCCCGACCUCCUGCAGCACAAGAAGAAUUGCACUAAGAACCAGUUGGUUCUGAUCGUCAAUGAAAGCCCGGCCUCCCCUUCCGAAACCUUCUCGCCCAGCCCGCCCCCGGAGCACCCCGAGGAGCAGGAGCAGAUGAACACCACGGCCAGCAGCUCCGAGCCGGGCGACUGCAGCGACCUGUCCGAGGGCCACCCGCCCGACAAAGAGGAGUCCAUGGAGGUGGAGGCGAGCGGAGGAGGUGCUGACGGCGGCGCUGGUGCUGAAGCCAGCGACAGGAGCGUUGCGGACAGUGCCAGUCCAGUGGUGGGCACCCCAGCCCUCUCAACUACUCUACCUCAGCUGGGAAAUCUGGCUAAACUGGGCAACUUCUCCAUGAUAAACAGCAAUGUUAUCAUUGAAAAUCUGCAGAGCACUAAAGUGGCAGUUGCACAGUUCUCCCAAGAGACCCGUUCGAAUGGAGGCACCAAGCUGGCAGUGCCAGCCUUAAUGGAGCAGCUCCUGGCACUGCAACAGCAGCAGAUUCACCAGUUGCAGCUCAUCGAACAAAUCCGCCACCAGAUCCUUCUGCUGGCGUCUCAGAACGUGGAAUCGUCGGUGUCAUCGGGCUCCUCGCAAAGCGGGUUGGUGGCCUCUGCCACCCCUCUGGCCACCCUCAGCUCACACCUUUCCCAACAGCUGGCGGCAGCUGCCGGGUUAGCACAGAGCCUUGCUAGUCAAUCCGCCAGCAUCAGCAGUGUGAAGCACCUGACUGUGGCGCAGCUACCUCAAUCGAACCUCAACGGCGGGGCGGUGCCCACGAGCAGCGAGACGUCCAAGAGCAUCAAUGCUCUGGUAUCUGUGGUCAAUGCCCAGCCCACGGACCGGCUCUCCGCCCCAGGUGGCAGCCUGCAAUCUCAGAUCUCCAAAUCCUCCUCGCCGGUUUUUGGAAUCGGUGGUUUACUAAGCCCCGCGUCAAACCCUCUUCUACCUCAGCCCGCGCCCGCUAAUCCGCUCUUUCCCAGCCCUUUGCCCAACAUCGGCUCCACGGUGGAGGACCUGAACUCUCUGUCCGCCUUGGCCCAACAGAGGAAAGGCAAGCCGCCCAACGUGACCUCCUUUGAGCCCAAAAGUAGCACGGAAGAGGCUUUCUUCAAGCAUAAAUGUAGGUUUUGCGCCAAGGUGUUUGGGAGCGACAGUGCCUUGCAGAUUCACCUCCGAUCCCACACGGGAGAGAGACCCUACAAGUGCAACAUCUGUGGGAAUCGCUUCUCCACACGCGGAAACCUCAAGGUGCACUUCCAGAGGCACAAGGAGAAAUACCCGCACAUCCAGAUGAAUCCGUACCCCGUGCCGGAGCACUUGGACAAUAUCCCCACCAGCACCGGCAUCCCCUACGGCAUGUCCAUGCCCCCGGAAAAACCAGUCACCAGCUGGCUGGACAGCAAGCCCGUUUUGCCUACUUUAACGACUUCUGUGGGCCUCCUUUUACCCCCGACAAUCCCUAGUCUGGCACCUUUCAUAAAGAAAGAGGAGAACUUCUCGGUCGCCGCCAGCAGCCCCCCCAGUUCUGUGCAAAGCGACGGCGGCGCCGCGGACACCUCCCUGAAAUGUAACGAGGAAGAAGGCGAGGGCACCGCCCUGGCGGCCUUCAACGACAAAGCGGCGGACGUGAGCGAGCCACCCUCGGAGAAUAUCUCGGCCGGCGGUGAGGGCCUGCAGGACGGUGUUUGCGAUCGGGGCGCCGGGGGCAGCCCCCUUUCCACCAGCAGCGCCCUGGGGCCACUCAUGUCUGAACAGUUUAAGGCAAAGUUCCCUUUCGGCAGCCUCCUGGACCCGGCCCAGGCCUCGGAAACCUCAAAGCUGCAGCAGCUGGUGGAAAACAUCGACAAGAAGGUGAGUGACCCUAACGAGUGCAUCUUGUGCCACCGCGUGCUGAGCUGCCAAAGCGCACUCAAGAUGCACUACCGCACACACACCGGGGAGCGGCCCUUCAAGUGCAAAGUGUGCGGGCGGGCCUUCACCACCAAGGGGAACCUGAAAACCCAUUACAGUGUCCACCGGGCCAUGCCCCCCCUGAGGGUCCAGCACUCGUGUCCUAUCUGCCAGAAGAAGUUCACCAAUGCAGUGGUGCUGCAGCAGCACAUUCGCAUGCACAUGGGCGGCCAGAUCCCCAACACACCGAUGCCCGACAGCUACCCGGAGUCCAUGGAGUCCGACACCGGCUCCUUCGAGGACAGGAACUUCGACGACCUGGAGAACUUCUCGGAUGACAACAUGGAAGACUGCCCCGACAGUAGUGUGCCCGAUACGCCAAAGUCUGCCGAUGCUUCGCAAGACAGUUUGUGCUCCUCUCCAUUGCCGCCUGAGACGCCGGGAGCCGCCGAUUCGGAAAACCAGGGCAAAGCCAACAGCGGUCUGGCGGAGCAACUUCAGGCUGGCAUCAUGGCAGCGGCAGCAGAGAACGGGUCUGUCGAGGGCGAUAAUAUGACCAACGACUCCUCGUCCCUUGGAGGGGACGUGGAGAGCCAAAGCGCUGGCAGCCCUGCCAUCUCUGAAUCUACCUCUUCCAUGCAGGCACCAUCCCCACUCGGCAGCUCCGUCGCUUUCCGCAAAUCGCCAAGCUUUGAAGAAAAGCAGCAAAGAGCUUUACCAGCAGAGCAUGUCGGGCCCCUGGGCCAAACCGCAACGAACGGAGGUGCCCUGGACUUGACCUCCUGCAACCCGCUGAAAGACCCUCUGGGGGCGCUCUUCCCUUUUCGUGAACGGGGCGCGUUCAAGAACACGGCGUGUGACAUUUGUGGCAAAGCGUUUGCGUGCCAGAGUGCCUUGGACAUUCAUUACCGAAGCCAUACCAAAGAACGACCGUUUAUUUGCACAGCCUGCAACCGGGGCUUUUCCACAAAGGGCAAUUUGAAGCAACACAUGCUGACGCAUCAGAUGCGCGACCUUCCCUCUCAGCUCUUCGAGCCUUCCAACCCCAGCCUGGGGCCCAGUCCGAGCCCUUCCAUCCUCUCCACCUCUGCCCUGUCAACCUUCGUGAAGACCGAGAUCAACGGAUUCCUUCACUGCUCCCCUCAGGACAGCAAAGAGCCCCCCACGAGCACGGUGCCCACGGGGCCUCUGCCCCCAUCUUCCAGCUCACCGGUCCUGCCCGCCGCCGCACCGCGACGGACCCCUAAGCAGCAUUACUGUAACGUCUGUGGAAAGACCUUCUCGUCAUCCAGCGCCCUGCAGAUCCAUGAGAGGACGCACACCGGUGAGAAGCCCUUUGCCUGCACCAUCUGUGGAAGAGCUUUCACCACCAAAGGCAACCUCAAGGUACACAUGGGGACACACAUGUGGAACAGCACCCCGGCCCGGAGAGGGCGGAGACUAUCAGUAGAUGGGCCCAUGGCAUUCCUGGGAGGCAACCCACUUAAGUUUCCAGAAAUUUUCCAAAAGGAUUUAGCAUCCAGGGCAGGAAACGGGGACCCCACCAGCUUCUGGAAUCAGUAUGCCGCUGCGUUUUCGAAUGGCUUGGCUAUGAAGACCAACGAGAUUUCGGUCAUUCAAAAUGGGGGCAUCCCACACCUUCCCGGCAGUAUUGGCAAUGGUGGCAGCUCGCCCCUCAGUGGCUUGACGGGAAGCUUAGAGAAGCUCCAAAACGUGGAGCCCAGUGCACCUCUAGCUGGUCUGGAGAAAAUGGCAAAUCGAGAGAAUGGGACCCAUUUACAGUUUACACGGUUCAUAGAGGAAAAUAAAGAGAUUGUCACCAGCUAGGGGACGCCGUGCCCCUCUUCCUCUGAACAGAGACGCUCGCUCGUGCUCGCCUUUGUACCGACGAACUACAAAGUAAAGACAUGUUGUUUUUGUACAAUGUACAACUCUUAUAGUUUUAAAAAGCUUAUUUAUUAGUGAUUAUAACCUUGCUUGGAAUCAAGUGGAGCAUUAACUGGUACUCUUGUGUUCUGUAUUUUGGCCACAAUGGACUUGUGCUGUCGACUGCGGGCACCUGGCCAAGUGAUCUCGCCUUGGCAUUAAAUUAUUUUAUAUAUGUAGUAUAUAACAUAACCUCUGGUGUUACUGUAACGCCACAGUAAUGCAUUAGAUCUUUAAUAAACAAUCUGUAAAUAU